GUUGGGAGUUGGGGACCAUAGGGGACAUAAGAUAAAUACUUAGGACCAUAGGUGUGUUUUCAUCUUAAAAAUCCCACUGUGUCAAUCCAUCAAAAAGCAUAUUAUCAUCAAUCAACGAACAAAAGCUAAUAAUUUUUUUUUUUUUAAAAAAAAAAAAUGGUGGCUAAUUCUGCCUAUUCACUAGCAGUUGUUGAUUUGGCACCUUUCUUCAACAAAGAAGUUGAUGAAGAAGAUGGCAAGAAUAGAAAGUUGGUGGUGGUGGAAGAAAUCAGCAAAGCAUGCACAGAAUGCGGGUUUUUUCAAGUAGUGAAUCAUGGGAUUCCAUUGGAGCUGUUGAAACAAACGUUAGACGCUUACCGGGCUUUUUUCGAUUUGUCGAAUGAAGAAAAACACAAGUUGGUUCCGAAUCCCAGGGUUCCUACUCCAGCUAGUGGCUACUUCAGGAGCCCAGAUCUCAAAAAGGAAGGGAAUGAGCAUUUCUUGAUUCGUUCUCCUCAGCUGGGCUUAAAUUCUUACCCCAAAUGUCUUCCCAGAUUCCAGGGAAGUCUGGAAGAGAUAUAUCCGAGUUUCUUGAAGCUGGCUUCAGUGAUGGAGAGCAUAAUAAAUGAUUCGUUGGGUUUUCCUCCAAAUUUCCUGAAAGAAUACAACAGAGAGAGGGAUUACGAUUUCCUUCUGGGCUUGCACUAUUUUCCGGCGACGGGGACGGAGACCGUCGGGAAAUCUGCUCACGAAGACACGUCAUGCGUGUCGAUUCUGUACCAGGAUGACGUCGGAGGGCUUCAAGUUUGCCACAACGGGAGGUGGAUUUCGGUGCCGCCGAUCGAAGGCGCAUUGGUUGUCAACAUUGGCGAAGUCCUUCGGGUACUGAGCAACGACAGAUUUAAAAGUGCAACUCACAAGGUGAUGAGAAGUGAAGGUCGAAAUCGUUAUUCGUUAGCGUUUUUUCAUAAUCUCAAGGGAGAUAAAUGGGUGGAGCCAUUGCCACAAUUUACUAAAGAAAUUGGAGAAUUGCCCAAGUACAGGGGUUUCCUUUUAAAGGAAUACAUGCAAAUGAGGCUCAAGGACAGGAGACAUCCUCCUGAAAGAUAUGAAGACCUUACUCGGAUCAACUAUUAUGCAAUAAAUCAAAAUUCUUAGAAGAAAGAAUAUGGGCCCCUCGAAAGACAUCCCAGAAAAUUGGAACGAUGCAGUGCUACAACAAAGGUAUGCCAAUUAGAUACUCUUUCCGUCACAAAUUAUUGCCUAGUUUGUAUUUUCAUUUUUGAUAUAAAAUAAAAGUGAAAUCUAAACUAGACAAUAAUUUUGAGACUGAGAGAGUUACGAGACAUGAUCAGUUCUGAUUGUUUGAUCAGUUCUGAUUGUUUAUUUGGUUUAUCGUCAGUGAUUGUGAUUUAUUGGAGCUCAUGUAUUGUAUAUGAAUGCGAAUGUAAACUAAAUAAUCCAAUCCAUCUCAAAAACAGAGUUUGAUGUUUUAUUCCACUGUUUGUUUUUGUACAAAGGGAGAGUCAGUAAGUACCUAAAAACUUCACAACACAUUUUGUUUGGGAAAUUCGUGUUCUAGAUACGACUCUUUCUUUUGGGACGAACGACUGUUACAUCUCGUCUUCUACAUACACCCAGACGAAAACUGAGAAUUGCAGC